AUGGCGGUCGCCAACCUUUCGGACCUCACCGCGGAAUUGAAUCUGGGACCCUUGAGUCCGCAGGCCAAUGCUCUAUCCACUGAGCCAAACCGGUUAGGGCACAAAAGUUCUUCCAUCAUCUGCUCUUUUCUUUGCACCCUCUGUCUUGAGAGCCAGGGUCUCAGUCCCUGGGACUGGCAUGGCCUAUUGGGCAGCACCGUGGGACUAAGCAUCAUUGUGGGCCCUGGACUAGGGGCACUACAGAAGGGGGAAGGCCUCUACAUGGCUCUGAGCCAUGUGCUCGCUUUUCUGGGCGGCCUGGCACAAUCACUGGGCUUCCCCUCCUGCCUACCAGCAGUGGCUUUCCUGUUUGGCUUGAUGGAUCUUGUGGGCUGUGGACCAGGCCUUUCUCCUGUCCCCUGCUGCCCAUUGAUCCUGAGUUGGAGCUGUGCAAGGGCAGUGGUGAUCUUGCUCUGGCGCCUUUGUGUGUGUGUGUGUGUGAGCUACUCUGUCACCAAGGCACACCCUGCCCUGGUGUGCACUAUCCUGCACUCUGAGAUGGUGGUGCCUCCCCCCCCAAUGCGGCAGUAUUAUGUGCUCCAUGAGACUGUGGCACCUUCUCUUUUAUUUUCUAUUUAUUUAUUGAAUUUAUUUAUUAUUUUAAAAUAUGUUUUUUUUUAAAUUGAUUUCAGAGGUAGGAAGGGAAAGGAAGAGACAGAAACA